AUGUGCUUUGCCAAGAAGCACAACAAGAAAGGCCUGAAGAACAUGCAGGCAAACAGCGCAAAGGUACUGAUUGCAGGAACAGAGACUAUCAUGGCUCCUCUGAUGCCAAGGCCCAAGAUGCCAAAGGGCCCCAGCCACAAACUCAGCCAUCUGGCUUUCAUCACUCACCCCAAGCUUGGGAAGCAGACUCGAAGCUACAUGGCCGAGGGUCAUAGGCUCUACCAAUCAAAGCCUAAGGUUCAAACCAAGGCAGAGGCCGAAGCUCCAGCUAAGACAAAGGCUUCAGCUCCAGCUCAGGCUCCCAAAGGUGCCCAGGCUCCUGUGAAGGCCCCAUAG